AUGCAGAAUAGCUCCGCCUUGGUUCAUCCUUCUUCCUCCAAUCUCAACGACCUUCGUCAUCGCCAACAUGUCAUCCCCUCCAGCUCCACCCAUUCCGAAAGUAUCUCGGAAAUCUCCGCUUUCACCGAUUACUCGUUGAUGGACGACUCCUCCGUCUCCCAUCGUGCCAGUAUUAGUACCGAUGACAUCUCGACCGAAUCGCUCGAAUCUUGGGAUGGGGAUGGCCUCGCCGACAGUUCACCCACCGCAGAGGUCGAGGUCAAGAUCCACGAUGUCGCUCAUCCGCUCGGCGUCGCCUCGACAAAAACCUUCCAGUUCAGCUUGGCCACAGCCCAGGAUUCGCCCCUGUCGAUGGGCGAGGUGACGCCCAAGGUCGAGGAGGUCGAGGAGGUCGACGACCUGCAGAGCAUCAAACCUUUGGGAGUGGAGCCUCCGAUGGUCAAUGCAGACUCAACCCAUCUGGAUUCCACGGCUACUCCCGUCACCGUUCCGCGGAAACGUGGACGACCGCGCAAACACCCCCUGCCCAUCCCCGGAGGACAGGUCAAAAUCACCAAAGGUCGCUCCAAGACCGGUUGCAUCACCUGUCGACGACGGAAGAAGAAAUGUGACGAGACCAAGCCAUCGUAA